AUGUCAGGACCAACUCCGCCAAAAGGGAAGUUGAUCAGCCACUUCGAAGGCUGCUCUGUUGAUGAUCACGGCGCAGGUUGGUCCAGUCUAUGGGACACGGGGAACAGUGAUCUAUGGGAUCGGGGCAAACCUUCACCAGCAUUGAUCGAUGCCAUUGAAGCGCAUCAGCGGGGCCCAGACGACUUUUUCUGCCCAUUCCAUGCGAACGGAGCACGGAAGAAGGCACUUGUUCCUGGUUGCGGAAGGGGAUAUGACGUGGUUAUGCUGGCACUCCAUGGUUUCGAUGCGUAUGGGCUGGAAAUCUCAGCCACGGCGGUCAAAGAAGCCCAACACUAUGCCAUAUCGGAGAUGAAGAGUCCCCAGGCGUACAAUUUUGGAGAGGGUUACCAGGGUGCGGAGAACUCGACGCGGGGAGCAGUGACCUUUCUCGAAGGUGAUUUCUUUCAAUCGGAUUGGUGCACAGGUGUCGAGUUCGAUAUGAUAUAUGAUUACACGGUAUGGCCAGAAUCAAAUACCUGGGGUAUCUCCUGCUGGUCGAGCUAA